AUGCCGAAGGAAUUGUAUGUUGGUCCGGAGCUGAGGUCUCCAUUACCAAGAACGUCGAACGGGAAUAGAUGGGUUUUUGGGAAGGAGACAAAGGAGGAGAGAGCACUGGCACUCAGGCAACUCUCUCAACUUCCGGAUACUGAUUGCCAGAUUGAACCAAAUAAAACGAAAGUGGUGCGCAGAAAGGCCUCUUCUCAAGACCAUCCGGAGUUUCAGCUGGACCCCAGCAUCACUUCAUCACGCCAAGGGCAUAUUACUUCGUCGAAUCCGUUGGAGCAGGAUCAGCAGAUGCCGCCAUCGAGCAGCAGUGUUGACUUACCCAGCCUGCCCACAACAUUUGAGAUUCCCACGGCUGGAUCCUCAAAAUCUACUCCUAAUGCCCUGGGUACCCAACAAUCCGGAUCAGGAGAAUCUACUACUUUACCUAAUACGUCGACCCUGGCAACGCUAGCAAUGGAACUAUGGAGGCCUUGGUAUCUGGAGGAAGAAGUCCCUGAACCUUAUUUAAGGCGGAAUGAAGAGAAUCAGAAUCAUUACAAUAAAGUCAAAGAGCCCGGGAAGUCAAUCAAUGUUGAAGUGACACUAAGGACGAACGAGGACACAGAGCGCAGGAUAAACGAGAACUCCGCCUCGGAUCAAGCAGAUCCAUCCACCUUACCACAGAAGGCUAAAAAUAUGGAAAAUUCGGUGGCGCUUAAGGAGAAUCAACAGUCCAUAGAUUGUUUUACAUGGCUGCUUGUAAGCCUCAACGUGCCUUCGAAUGCCGACUGGAACCAGUGUGUGGCGAUCAUCUCAAAAGAUCCGCGAUAUUCAAAGUUCAGGAACCUCCAGGGACGCAAGAAGAUCUUCAAUGAAUACAAAACGCGACAGCAGGGGGAAGAGCUGGUGCAGUUUCUGAUGUCCAAGAUAAACUCACGGAUGACGUACACCCAAUGCGAAGAGACAUUUGCCGAAACUCCAACAUGGAUGGAGGUUCCGGAACCGCAACGGCGGGAUAUAUACCAGAGCUGUGUGUUCCAUGUAGCCCAACGGGAGAAGAAUGAAAUAAGACGUUUGCGAAAUUUUGAAUAUAAGGUCAAGGUCAAGUGGCUGAAGGCCGAUGUCUCAGUAGCCGCAUCCUAUGAAGAUGCCAAGAAACUUGUGGAAGACAUGAAAGACUUUGAGUUGUACGAAAAAGAAAUUGGCUUGAAAAAGAUCUGGCAGGACUUUAUAAGGGAAAGCGAAGAUUCAGUGAUGCAGUGGUGGCAAAACAAAAAGGACGCCAAUCGAGUGCGAUCUGAUUCGAAAUCGGAAAUGAAGAACGAACAGGUGGAAGUGGAUAAGUCGAAGCGAGCAUGUUCCCAGUCAAAAUCGGUUAAUAACCAGCCACUCGGUGUCAAGGAAAUCCAGCAGGAUGACUCCAACCCGCAUUCACCGGCCAAGAAAAAGAAGAUUCUUAACAAGCAGCAGGAUCCCAACUAA